CUGCCAUGUAUCGACCGGGAUGGCACCGGCUGCGAUUGCGGCUGCAGAGAGGCUGGUCGACGGUGGUGCCGGGGACGACAUGUCUGUCCUGGCUGACUUCCAACCAGGUGCUGCAUGGACAGGCUCGCACGACAGUGUCUGGUCGUUUGUGCCUGUGCACCAGCCGAGUGACAAAUUCUCCGCGAGCGAUCAAGCCCGUCGCCAGGCCGGCUCUGUCCGCAUUCCGCCAUCUGCCAAGAAUGCACCACCAUCACUUUGCCUCCAACCCGCUGGACCGUCUGUCGACCAAGCGCGGUGACUCGACCUUCCUCGCCAAGACACUAUCAGACACAUCGUCAAAGUUCCUCGUGUAUGGUGGCCACCGCAUUCUUGUUACCAAGGACAGAGAGCUUGCGCUGCUCUCUCGUCUAGACCUUGAGACGGCGGGAGGGCAGUCCCUGUUUGAAGGCGGCGAGGCCACGACACUCGUUUUUCUCGGGGUCGACAGUCGCUCAAUCGCCUACUGGGCCAUCGACGGUACCGGACAACUGGCCGGCCUGGAAGAGCCUCUGAGCCAGAAAGGACUGAGCUUUGCGUCCUCGCGGCCCGCCGCCUUUGGCUUUUGCUCGUUCCAUGCGGCCCUCUUUUCUCAAGCAGCAAGUCUCCUUGACUGGAACUCGAGAAACCGAUUCUGCUCCUCUUGCGGCGGUAGAACUUCCUCCGACGACGGCGGGUACAAGCGCACAUGUCCCAACGCUGCCUGCGUCUCCAACAAGGGAAUCCAGAACUCGUCGUAUCCCCGCACCGACCCUGUUGUCAUUGCCUGCAUCAUCUCCAAAGACGGCGAGCGCUGUCUCUUGGGCAGAAAGCCUGUUUGGCCACAAGGAAUGUACUCAUGUGUUGCCGGAUUUAUGGAAGGUGGAGAGAGCAUUGAGGAGGCUGUCCAGCGAGAGGCAUACGAGGAAACCAAUGUCCGGAUCUCCAAGGUGUGGUACCACAGUUCCCAGCCAUGGCCGUUCCCUGCUCAACUCAUGAUUGGAUGUGUCGCUCAGGCAGAAACAGAGGACAUUCAGCUUCAUGAUGAUGAGCUCGAAGAUGCCCGCUGGUUCACGCGCGAAGAGGCACGCGAAAUGCUGUCGAAUGCUGAAGCGCACGACGCCCCUGCCACCGGCUUGUUCACUGCCAAGCCGUAUGCGAUUGCAAAUACGCUCGUCAAGAGCUGGGUCAACGACACCUUCGAGAGCCGUCAGCCGUGGUCCAGUCCGCAAGCUCGUAUUUGAAAAUCCGUCAAGAUGAUGGCACAGGCAGACGAAGAGACAAUCGACACAGACUCUGUGGCCUAACUGUGAUAUGGUGCAACUGGCAGCAGAAUAUCUUUGGCAAGUUGGCCAUCCGUCGCUUUCCCUCCUCUUCGUCACUCCGAAGCCAACCGUGAUGGGUUUUGGUACUGAUUUGGGCCAAUCCAAUCCAAUCCAAUCCAAUGGAGAUGGGUACAGGCACCUUUGAUUCAUACCAUUGAGCUGAGCGGAGGCGAGAUCGCCACCGCUACAGCCAAUCCAAUAAAAACGGGACACCCUGGUUUUGGCCGUUGAUCAUA